UCACAUAGAAGAAGCAUCGCUGAGCUGUGGAGGAGGACGGAGAUCAGCAAGCGGGUGCGGAAUCUGCAAGAGCUCGUCCCCAACAUGGAGAAGAAUGGAAGUUUUUCAACUUGCCCAUGCUCUACGUCUUCCUCGCGCGCUUCGCCAAGGCCGCUUCUUCCUCCUCAGACCACAAGAAUGACAAGGAGAUGGAGAACACCGUCUUGUUCUUCGCAGAGCUGGCGCUGCUGCAGUACGGGCUGGUGCAGUCCAAGCCCUCCACGGUCGCCGCCGCUGCUGUCUACGCUGCCAGGCUCACCCUCAAGAUGACCCCGCUGUGGAUCGACACCCUGAGGCACCACACUGGCUUCACUGAAGCGCAGCUGAUGGACGCCGCCAAGAUCCUGAUCGGAGGGCAUGGUAUGAAGCCACGGUUCUUUGGCCAGGAGACAAGGCAAACAUCUUGUCGCUGGCAUGGACGGUAGGUGAUCGCAGAUUGGUCCGACCAAAGGUAGCCUAACCCCAGCGAGCCUCUUGUUUUGUUCAGAAGAGGAGUUCUGUGUCAUUUCCAUGUGGUUGUUUGGUGCAGGUACAACUUACUUUGCUCCACGUUGCUUAUCGUCAUAGCUGCAUCCAACAUCCAUAGUGAAAUGCUACCAUAUGUUAGGAAGUUUAUGUUGAUAUAUGUGAUUCUGAUAUGUUCGCCGAAUGCGGAUGUGGGAAAGGUCACACGAUUGAUAUAUACAAACCAUAUUGGUAUUAUUUUUAGCAUGCUCUGGAGUGAAAUACAAUAACUACGGAAUGAUGUUUAAAUAA